AUGGACUCUCCUAUGGAACUAACUGUUCAUCACCAUGGCACUCCACAUAUCAUUCAAGUUUCUUGCUCAGCAACCUUACAAGACCUCUCAUCCGAAAUCGCGAGCGUCCUGAAUAUCCCAACCGAGAACCAGAAGCUUCUCAUAGCCCCGAAGCCAGGAAUGCAAAAGGCUCCAUUUUCCCCGACCCGCCUCGACACGAUCCUCCAGACUUCCUCUCCCAAAUUUAAGAUCACCCUCCUCGGAACCCCCGCCAAAGCAAUCGCAGACCUCCACGAACAAUCCGCUAGUGAAAAACAGCGCCAAGAAGCACGAGUAUCUGCUCUGGCUGCUGCAAGGCGCAACAAACAAACGCCCUCAAGCCGCAGUGGCGGUGUCCAUACCAUCUCCUCAUCAAGCAACAACUACACAUUCCACCGUCUCCUCCCACUCUCAUAUCUCCCCAACCCAGAUCGCUCCCUGGAAUUUCUCAAGCGCCUCCGCGAUGAUCCAGGCAUCCGCGCCGCAAUGGCAAAACAUAAAUUCUCUGUUCCCCUCUUAACAGAGAUGAACCCGGCCGAACACACGACUAGCGAAUCACGUACGCUAGGUCUGAACCGGAAUAAAGGCGAAGUAAUUGAGUUGCGAUUGCGGACAGAUGCCUAUGAUGGAUAUCGCGAUUAUCGGACUAUCCGAAAGACAUUGUGUCACGAGCUCGCACACUGCGUGUUUGGGCCCCAUGACCGUGACUUUUGGGACUUGACAUCUCAGAUUGAGAAGGAGGUUGAGCGUGCGGAUUGGAAGUCUGGUGGAAACCAGCUGUCCAGUCAGGAGUUCUACAACCCUGGUGAUUGGGACAGUGUGCAGGAUGGGGAGGAAUUUGUGGAUGAGUGUGGGUGGACAGGCGGCGAGUUUGUCCUCGGUGGAUUGCAGGGGGAUUCGGCAUCAGCGCAGCCUGGGAGUGGUGGGUCGCUUUCUCGUAGGGAGAUUAUGGCGCGUGCUGCAGAGGAGAGGAUGAAGAGGGACAGCCAGGCGAGGAAGCAGGACGAUACUACAUGA